AUGAAAUUUAAAAUAUUUGAAUUCAUUAAUAGAAUUAGACCUAAGCCUUUCAAGUGGCUUUAGAAAUAUUUAGAGAUAGAAGACGAGUGGGCACUGUUUAAAACUAGCAUGCGUCCUCACCGUGGAAAAUUCAUUUUGAUGGGAGGAGUUCUAAUGUUCCCUAUUUAUAAACCCAUUUUGGUUAAUGGUUAUCAUUCAAUGUUAAAAUAACUUUCAAAAAAUUUGGAUAAAAAUGAACCUUUACCUAAAAUAGCUGAGAGCUUUGGCAAGCAGCUGAUAACAGGAGUGUUUUAAGAUACUGAAGUAUAAAGAGAAAGUGGGAUUUUUGUAUAGGAUUUAGUAAAGAGACAAUUAGUUUUAGAUGCUGUAUUAUAAUUACUUGUAUAGAGCAUAAAAAAUCCUAUAUUUUUGGAAGAAAGUAAAGUGUUCGGUAAAGAACUCGUUAUAGAUGUAUUAAAAGACGAAGAAACCCUUAAACAUACUUUAGAUUUGCUCCUAAAAGUAGUAAGGGAUUAAGAGUUUAAAUAAGAAUUGAUUGAAACACUUAAAUACACCUUUUCUCAGCCAGAGGUAACUGAAGUAAUAGUUGAGCUUUUUAAGAAUGCAAUAGCUGACGAGAGAUGUAAAAGUCAACUAACUGCUACCUUGGGCUCUACAGUAAAUGAUGUUUUAAUGGAUAAAGAAACUCUAGAAAAGCUUAAAUUAUUUACAUAUUUCUUACUUGAAAGUGAAAGCAAGAGCCAGAAUGGCUCAAUUAAGUAAAUGAUUGAUAUGGUUGUAGAUAAUGUAAUGAAAAAAAAAUAAGAAAAUUCAAAAGAAAACGAAUUCAAUAGAAUAUUCAAAGAAGCAUCAAAAGAUUUAGAUUUAAAGCAAUCAUACGAAGAGCGCUUAAAAGACCUUAAGGACAAAAAUUAGUAAAACUUAGAAGAUUUAUAUUAACAGUUUAAUGCUGAUAAGAAUAAAAAGAAAUUUUUCUUCUUAUGA